UUUGCCAGCUGGAGGCAGAGUCGAUCAGUCCUUCCUCAGUUGGCAUCGCGGCUCGAAACCUUCACACUGCAUCACGCCCCGAGUGGAAUGGAAGAAACGGACAAGAAAGAAAAUGGGGAGUAUACCGGAGAAAUAAAAGGUGGGAUGCGGCCUUCAAUGAAACUAGUUGUUAUGGGUAUUGUUAACAAAAAGCCCAAAAGCAUCGAGGUGACUGUGUCCAGCAAACCUCAGGAGGAGGACGCGGAGGCCGACGUGGGUCUGCAGCUGAAGGUCAGCUUCACGGAUAAGGCCGUCCAACGCAACGCCCGCUUGGCUGGAAAGUGGGGUCCAGCGGAGAACACGCUCUCCUUUUUCCCUUUCGCACCUGGAGAACCCUUCAAGAUGGAGAUCGUCUGUGAGCACCAGCAGUUCCGUAUCCUGGUGGACGGGCAGCCUCUGUGCGGCUUCUCCCACCGCCUCUCCCCCCUCGCCUCCCUCACUGCCUUACGAGUCUUCGGCGACCUGCAGCUCACCAAGGUGGCCUAACGUCAGGGCCUCGCCCCCACCGGUGGCCGGCACCAGGAGAUUAGAAUAGAUCUACUUUUUUCUUUCUUUCUUUCUUUUUUUUUUGUUUUUUAAGUGAACAAAUGAACCCGCCGUGGGGGAUGUUGUGUUUCCAUUUUCAAACAGUUACACCUGCCUCGUAAUCAUGUGAUAAGACAAAGUGCCUUCACUAAGAUUACCUGUCCGGGGACUUGAAGAUACUGACUGAAUGUAACGGUCGUCAUCGAUGUCUUAAAUCAAAAGAGGAAUGUGAUUUGAACUGAAGCUAUAAUAACUUUCUCUGAUGCGUCACUAUAAGAACAUAAAUAAGUACAAGUGCCGCCUCAGCCUUUGUGAUUUAAAAAAAUAGUUUUCAGAUCUUGGAAAUCUCUGGGGUUAACCUUUGAAAGCACUUAUGUUUACGAGCGCCUGCAUGAAGGUGAAUGUUUCCGGACUCGAUUCCAUAGCAGAGGUGGUCAGCGUGCGGCCGACUAAGAACUGUAACAGGUGUAAUAAUGUAAAACAGUUUAAAUACAGUAGUGCAUGCCAGUGUGUUUGAUUUCUGACAGUGUGUGGGAAGCGUUAGAUCACUUUGUUAUUGCGCCACCAUUAGCUUCGGCUUACAUAUAAAAAAAAAAAAAAAAAACGCCCAGCGGUUUGUGUACUUUUCAUUUACCACUAGCACUUUUUAUGUGAAUGUUUCAUAUCUGACUUUACUUCACUGCAAUAAAUACUCACUUUUA